AUCUCAAAAACUUUUAAAGAUGGUUCUAUCCAAAGCAGAAUCUCAUUCUGAUGCUUCGGUUCACUCAACUUUUGCAUCCCGCUAUGUUCGUACUAUCCUUCCCAGAUUUAAGAUGGGGGAGGAUUCCAUCCCUAAAGAAGCAGCAUAUCAGAUCAUUAACGAUGAGCUGAUGUUAGAUGGUAAUCCUAGAUUGAAUCUGGCUUCCUUCGUCACCACUUGGAUGGAACCUGAAUGUGAUAAACUCAUCAUGGAUUCUAUUAACAAGAAUUACGUUGACAUGGAUGAAUACCCUGUUACUACUGAAUUGCAGAACCGAUGUGUGAAUAUGAUUGCACGUCUCUUUAACGCCCCACUUGAGGAAGCAGAGGCUGCUGUAGGAGUUGGUACGGUUGGAUCAUCUGAGGCUAUCAUGCUUGCUGGAUUAGCAUUUAAACGUAGGUGGCAAAACAAGAUGAGGGCUGAGGGUAAGCCUUGCGACAAACCUAACAUUGUCACUGGGGCCAACGUUCAGGUUUGUUGGGAGAAAUUUGCAAGGUAUUUUGAGGUUGAACUCAAAGAAGUGAAACUGAGUGAGGGAUAUUACGUGAUGGAUCCAGAAAAAGCUGUUGAAAUGGUGGACGAAAAUACCAUAUGUGUUGCUGCUAUUCUUGGUUCAACUCUGAAUGGAGAAUUUGAAGACGUUAAGCUCUUGAACGAUCUCUUGGUCGAGAAGAAUAAGGAGACUGGAUGGGACACCCCAAUCCAUGUAGACGCUGCAAGUGGUGGAUUUAUUGCACCGUUCAUCUACCCAGAAUUGGAAUGGGAUUUUCGAUUGCCAUUGGUGAAGAGUAUAAAUGUUAGUGGACACAAAUACGGUCUUGUUUAUGCCGGGAUAGGUUGGGUUAUCUGGAGGACCAAAGAAGACUUGCCAGAAGAACUCAUUUUUCAUAUCAACUACUUGGGAGCUGAUCAACCUACUUUCACUCUCAAUUUCUCCAAAGGAUCCAGCCAAAUUAUUGCUCAGUACUACCAACUGAUCCGUCUGGGUUAUGAGGGCUAUCGGAACAUUAUGGAGAACUGCAGCGAGAAUGCGCUAGUUCUCAAAGAAGGACUUGAGAAAACUGGCCGCUUCAACAUAAUAUCCAAAGACAUCGGUGUUCCCUUGGUAGCUUUCUCUCUCAAGGACAAUACUCAGCAUAACGAGUUUGAAAUAUCUGACAGCUUAAGACGGUUUGGAUGGAUUGUUCCAGCUUACACCAUGCCACCUAAUGCGCAGCACGUAACGGUUCUACGUGUUGUUAUACGUGAAGAUUUUUCUCGUACCCUUGCUGAACGUUUAGUGAGUGACAUCGAAAAGGUAAUGCAUGAGCUUGAUGCACUCACAGCUAGAGUUACUUCAAAAAUAUUAGUUACCAAGGAGAAGAAAGAAAACGAUGUCAAUGUUACUGUAGUGAAGAAGACUGAACUGGAAACUCAGAGAGAAAUUACCGAUGCUUGGAAGAAGUUCGUCAAGGCCAGGAAGACUAAUGGUGUCUGCUAGAUAAACUACCACAAUAUAUAUAUAAAUAUAAAAGCAUGCUCUUAUAAGCAUCUCUUUUAUUGUCGUAGUAUUUUGUUUGCUUGUUGUUUUUCUUUUCUGUUUGCCUUUGCGCAAUUUAUUUAUGUCAUCUCCAUAUUUUCGACUGUCACCUAUUUGGGUUGUGUAAUGCCGCUAUAUUAAAGUGACUAUGGUAUUAUGAAAAAAAUUCCCCUUCAUUUUCCAA